AUGCAGGGCCUGGUGCAGGUGGCCAAGGAGGAUGCAUUCAGGGCCACACUGAAGGACGAGGCCUAUAUCGUGCCCCGACAACUCAUCUUCAAAUUCCAACAGGCGCGGCAGCAGGACCGGCUGCAGAGCCCCGGGCAUGUUGCUUUGCUGUUCUACACUGCCGUCACCAUCCGAAAGCGUGAAAGACGGAAGUUGUUGAUGGUCUUCUGGAUCGAAAGAGCGGAAGCUGAUGACCCGGCACAACUGGCGCAAAUCGUGCAGAGGGUCCGGGAUGAGUGCGGCCAUGUCCUUACUGGCCUUGUCUGCUUCUGUGGACAGGAUUUCCAGUCCACCAUGCAAGCAGAGGUCCAAGCUGUCCGGGAACUAGUGGAGCAAGAGUUCGUCGUCCUCGAGCUGCAUCCGGAGAACGCGCAAACUGUCACGCUGCAUGUCCUCAAGACAGAGGACGGGGAGGGUAGCUUCCACUCCACGCCGGUCUUUGUGGCGACUUCUGGGACUCAUGACAGGACUCAGAUUGGGCAUUCUGGACAGUUCAAAGGUUUGGAAUGGGAGCGGGACGUGCACGCGAUAGUGCAGGAAAUCGCAGAGACCAAGGAGGAUCCACUCCCUGCAGACACUGGGCACUUUGCAAACCGCCUGUACACCAUGAUUGUAACGGCCGUCAACGAGAAAAGGCAGGUGUGCACUGGGGCAUUGUUUCAAAUCGCAGCGCCGUCCAAAGCAAUCACUAAGCUUCUCCGACAGCAUUACUGUUCAGCUACAAAUCAUCUACCGGUCGAGUUUGACCAUGCCGCUGCAUUGGAGGACCUUGCUUUGCUGUGUGACUCAGAGGUCAAGAAGUACCGUCAAGCUUGCGCCGUGGCCAUGACAGGUGGUAACGAUUGGAAGGCUGCAGUUCAGAAAUCCUGUGUUGAGUCAGGCGUGCCAGACCUUUUGCAGCUUGUAGAGCGCAAGAAUGAUUGUACUGCCCUGGACUCCCCCAUGGAUCUUGCUAUUGCCUUCGGAGCUGCGUUGAAGGGGGCAGAACACCAGAAAAGCCUGGCAGAGGCCAGCGCGAGUAGUAAACGUGGCCGGCCCUUUGACACUGCCGAUGAUGUAAAGCGAAAGGCGUUGGCCCGAAGGAUCCAGGAAAAUACAGGUGUUUCUGAUGGUCUGAUAAGAGCAGCGAUAGAAAAACUGCGGCCUGGCAAGCGUCGCCUGGAACCUGGUGAAGAGGAGCAGGUUGAGGCAGGGAUGGCGUUUGAAAGAUCUGGCGCAAAGGGGUCGGUAGAUCGGUUCUUGCAGUCGAAGUUCAAGAACUACACAUCCAGACGCUACGUGCACUGGCGCCGGCUUUACGUGAAAUGGGCAUGGCACGCCAUACCCACCAAACACGCCACCAAAUGGAAACAAGUACCCAAUAGCUGGAAAAGAGGCUUUUCGAAUUCUGUGAGCCACUUGAGGGGCAAGUGCAUCGAGGCCACAGGACUUCCACAGGCCGUAGAAGACCUUCUGGCCAGCAAGGUACAAGACUUGACACAAGGCGACAGACUCUUCCCCCGAGCAGAGCCUGUGUCAAAGUCGGACCUCACGAACAGCGUGACGGCAAUUGUGGCCGUUAUAAACUCAGCGGCGGAGGAGCAGACAGUCCCUGUGGAGACAGCAAAUGCAGCCCUGUUGAUGAAGUUCAAUGCCGGCGAGAUCGAUGAACAGCAGCUCUCGGAGGGAUUGAAGGGAAAGAUACGGAAGGUCACCUACAAGUCUGCGAGGGGCAUGGUCCAGAGACUGGCAAAGUCCAACCAUUUGACAAAACAGGCCGUCAAUACUGCGGGGCAGUAUUUGGAGGAUGACGACCCAAGGAGUCGAGCCGAGUAUAGCCGCAUUCGGCAAGAGUACAAUGUUCCACUGGAGCUGAUUCUUAACUAUGACCAGACGUGGGCACAACCUUUCAGAUCCCCUAAGAAGGUGCUGAUGACCAAGAAGAGCAAAAGGCCCAAGAACACAGUCACCAGACUGGCCUGCAUCGUCGGUGCAAGGGUCGGGAUCACGGUGGUAACCUCGAGUUUUGCAAGCGGUGAUGUUGGGCCCAUGUUCGUAAGUGUAGCCCCAGGCUGUCUUUCCCAGAAGGAGUUCCAGGCCCUAAGCCUCGAGUUCGAAGGCUUGGCAGUCCUGUGCGAGUCUGCUACGGGCAGUCAUUUCAUGAACAGCGAGAGCACUUGGAUAAUGAUGGAGACUCUCCUGACGGACGCGUUCAGAAAACAAAGGGAGAAGUAUUCUCUUCACUCCCGAAAGGGGAUGAUACUGGCAGACGCUUUCUCUGGAAAUCAUGGGUCCGCGUACAUGCUUUUGCGCGAGAAGUGGUCCACGACUGCCAAUGUACUGCUUCCAUCGAAACAGCCUGGAGGUUGGUCCGCUCAUGGCCAACCCCAGGACCAGGUGCACGGCUACUACAAGGAUGCAAACGACAACUCUGUCCGAGCCGAGCUUUCCUUCAGCAGAAACGUCUUGGCUCGCGUGCCAUACUACAAGCUGGAGAUUGCUUCGUCGGGCCAGGUGCGGAAAGAAGCACGCGUGGCGCAGUGCAUCCGCUACUGUAUCCGCAACUGGAUGCUGAUGCCAAAGCCGCUUCUCCAACAAGCCUGGGUGCGGUGCGGCUAUGCCACAUGGGAGGAGCUCGAAGGCAUAUCGGCUGGCAGCAGAGCUGAGGCGGAUGAGGCCAUGAGGGCAGUGGAUCCUCAUGGCUUCCGCGAUCUGCUGGGAGGAGACGACGCUGCGGCCCCACCCUGCGAGGAGGAGCUUAGGCGGCUCCACGAGAAGCUGGUGGUCUGGCAGUUGCAAGACCCGGCGGGUGACUGGUCCAUGCUGCCGCAGGUACCUUGA